UGCGAAGAGGAGGAAGUAGGAGAGAGGAGAGGAGGCGGUGUAGCAUCAUCCCUCAUCAGCCAUCAGUGUCAUUAAAUAACCUCUCACACUGAUUGAAACCAAGAAGAUGAGUGAUUGUGGUGAAGAAAAGAUGGAGCAGCCAGUGACUGACCUCUCUGAUCUGGCUUUAUUGUGUGAUGAACCUGGACCCUCACACGGAUGCUUCGCACAAAAGAGGAGGCAAUAUGAACGUCGAAGGUUCUUAUCAGUUAACAUUAGACCUCCUCCUGGUCAACUCUCAGAUACUAAGUGUGAACAACUCGCAUCAGAACUGGAGUCCAACCCGUUUGCUUUUAAACAUCUGGAUCUGAGAGGAAACUCUGUGAAGCAGUCUGGAGCAGAGCUGCUGUUUGCUGCACUGGAGAGUCCAAAGUGUAAACUGAGGACCCUGAGACUGAGGGACUGUGUCCUGUCAGAGAGAAGCUGGGCCUCUCUGGCCUCAGCUCUUAAGGUGAACCCUUCCUACCUGAGAGAGCUGGACCUGAGUGGAAACAAGUACCUGAUGGAAUCAGGAGUGAAGCUGCUGUCUGAUGGGCUAAAGAGUAAACACUGCAGACUGGAGAUUCUGAGACUUGUUGGCUGUGAAUUGACAGAGAGCAGCUGUGCUUCUCUGGUCUCAGGACUUGAGUCAAGCCACUACUCUCUUAAAGAGCUGGACCUGAGUGGAAACUGUCUGCAGGAUUCAGGAGUGAAGCUGCUGUGUGCUGGACUUCAAGCACCAAUACUGGUUCUUAAGAACUCUGAGGUCAGACCAUUAAGUUCUUGCAGCUUAUCAGAGAAGAGCUGUGAAUCUCUGGUCUCAGCUCUGGAUUCGUACCGUUUCAAUCUUAAAGAGCUGGAUCUGAGUCUCAACCAGCUUUGGGAUUCAGGAAUAAAGGUGCUGUCUGCUGGACUGAGGAGUCCUCACUGUAAACUGAAGACUCUGAGGUUGAAACAGUGUCUGUUCUCAGAUGAAGGUUGUGCUUCUCUGGUCUCUGCUCUGAAAUCCAAUCCCUGUGAUCUGACUGAGCUGGACCUGAGUGGAAAUGAGCUGCGAACUGAAGGAAUGAACCUGCUCUCUGAAUUUGUGAAGAGUCCACACUGUACACUGCAAACUCUGAGAGUGGACUAUGGACGAAACUUGAUAACAGCGGAGACCUCUGCAAGACCGUCGUUGACAGACUCCAUUAAUCCACUACUACUAAAGAAGAGGUCCAGAUCUCCUCACAUAUUAUACGCCCAACAACAAGCUGCUGGAAUCUCAGUCCCAGGUCGUCUAAAGAAAUCGUUUAGUAUUCAACAAACAAAUCCACGACAAUCUACAUCAGGAGAUGAUACUGUGGAGGUGUGGUCACCUGUGAUGAACAUGGCUCCAUCAGACGACCCUGAUCUCACACAGGAUCUACAAACAACAAACACAGAGUUUGAUUUAUCUGAGGACAACACAGAGGCUCUGUCACAUUUUACACCUGAAGUGUCAAGUGAACGUGAAGAAACUUCAUACAGGUUCAGUUGCCCACAUCCAGGUGUGUACCAGUGUGAUCUGACUCGACUGAGGUUUACUAUGAGUCGGGAAGGGAAGUUGUCAUUCAGGGUCGUCCAGUGGGAUGAGCAGCUCCUCCAGGCAGCUGGAAAGGUGCCUGCAGGUCCACUGUUUGACAUCAAGUGUCCUGAGGAUGCUGUGUCUCAGCUGCACCUCCCACACUGUGAAACAACACCUGUACUGCCCUCUGAUGGACUGUCUGUUGUCCACAUCAGUGAUCAUGGGAUGAGCAUCCUUGACCCACAGGAAAUAACAGAAACCCAUGUGGUUGUGGAUGUCCCUCACCUCUCUGCCUUCGGCUUGGUAUGGGAUUUAAUUGAAAGGUUCCUAAACAUCCAGAAACCAAUAAGUGCCCAAGUUCUGCUGUUUCACCAACCAACAUACUCAAGGCAACGCCGAAAACUCACUGUGUUCCUACUGCCAGAGAACGUCCCACUGCAGGAGGUGAAAGUUCAACGGGAAAACACUGAGUACAUUGAAGUCCCUUCCAUCUGUCAGCUCAUUAAAGGCCACACUUACAGCCUGGACUGUCCUGAGGCCUGUAAAAUUCAGCCUGUGAGUGCACUAUUUGACUUGAAGUAUGGACCAAAUUACCACCCAACUUUUGAGAUUCGGCUGAAUUUGAGCACAGAGGAAGCGACUGUGACAGUCCAGGACCAAGAGAAGAAACUUGUCUGGGAGUAUAACAUUGACCUCACUGAUUUAAGACCAGAGUUAAGAUCAGCUGCCCCGUCAAUCCAGCCUCAAGCCAGUGACCCAGGCCAAGCUCAAGGAGGUUCAGAUUCAUCCUCAGCUUCAGGUUCCGCUCCCACUGAACCAGCCUCAGUCCAUGUAGCAGCUGGAGGAGGAGGUCCUGAUCCAAGUGGCCAAAAUCUACCAAGGAGAGGGGACGAGGAGAGGAGGCUGUUCUCUGUUCGGACAGAAUUUAUCGAGAGAGUGUCCAGCUCUGUUUUAAAUGAACUGCUGGAUGUUCUUCUGGAAAACAGGGUUAUAAACAGCGGGGAAAUGGAGUCAAUCCAGGCGUUGCCCAGGGCAGACAAAGCACGAGAGCUGAUCGACUCUGUGCGAAGAAAGGGAAAUAGGGCUUGUAGAAUACUGAUCCAGAAUUUCUGUGUGGUGGAUCCAUUUCUUUCUUCACUGCUGAAGCUGAGAUGACAACAAAAAUAACACAUAGUUAAAUACUGAAGAAAUCUGCAUUGUAUCAGUGCGUUUUAAAUAAUGCACAUCAAGAGGUUUUAUUUUGAAAUGCCAUCUUUUGAAAUUUCACUCUGAUAUACAGAGUUUUGCACAACAGCCCUCAGACCAUGAUGAUGUUUGAUGUGAUAAAAAUGGAGAAAUGUUGCAGAUACAGGGAAAAAAUAUUUAUGGUUUCGUUCCAAAACGAAUUAAAAGAGCAGAUAAUGGUCGAACCAUUGUGAUCCUAAACUCAGGUGUCAACUGUAACAAUCAGCUGACUGUUGUUUACACUGUAAAUUGAUCUAAAUCUAAAAAUGUUUCUCUGGUAUUUUUCUAUGUUUUUAGUGUUGUCCCUCCACUGCCACUUACAUAAUUAUAUGACUAAGUAUCAGCCUUGAGUAUAGACUGUAUAUAAAAUAUAUAUUUAUAUGCAGUAUGUGGCCUUGAGGUUGUUUUUAUAUGUGGUUUUUACAGGUUUAUAUAACCAUCUUAAUACAAUCUUCAAAUACAUGUUUUAGAUUUUGCUUCACUGGGGUGGGAUGUACUUUUUCUACAAAUUUUCAUUUUCUACUCUCUUUGUAAUUUCAAAAACUGAGUAAGGUGAAUUUUACCAGUUCUUAUUUGCUAUGUAAAGUUUGAUGUAGUGACAACUGUCAAUAAAUCACUUUGAUACUGAAGAAAACUUUAAAAUUUGAGCUGAUUACGAUUGGACUCAUCAACAGCUACGUGGCAACUUGUUUGUGCAGUCACAAUUGAGACAGUGCAGUGAUGGUGUGUGCAGCUCCCAAUAGGUCAGUACUUUCAAUAUCUGCAAACAGACCUUAACUACUUGCACACACUUAUAAUUACAGUAGCCGUAUCCUUUGUAAAAACAUAAUAGUGUUAAAUAAACAUUGCAGUCAUGCCUG